GUUUGUGGAAAAGAGGGCACCCAGCACUGUCCCCUCCCCCUAUCACUCACCCCAGUAAUCCUCGCCAGACAGGAGCCCUAGAUUUAAUUCAUGGGAAGAGCUUUGUAACCGUGUUUACUAAGUAAACAGGGCUGGCAGGCUCAGGCUGGGGUCUGCAGUUCAGCACUGAUGGGCCGCUGACAUGAAUUUGGAAGGAAGGGAGGAAGAAAGGAAGGAAGGGUUUUCCCUAACAAAGGCCCAGCAGCAAGAAACAUGUCAUAGCCCUAAGGAAAAGUUUACAUGGGGAUUUCAUGUCUUUCAUCUCAUUCAGUCUUCAUAAGAAACCAUUGAGGGGCCCAAGGUAAAUAAGCUGAAGGCACAGCUGCCUUGAUGGUAUCUCCUUGAGAAGGAAGUUUGAACGAGGUCCAGAUUACAUUCAGACAUCCAUUGAACAAAGGCUAUUCCUUCCAGGUUGAGGGUCCUAAGGAAUGGCUAACUGUGUUUCCAUGCAUAGUAUUGUAUGUAGGUACAUGUGACAGUACCUGUGUUUCAUCAGCAAAUAUUCCAUUCCUGGGUUCUCAAAGUAGUGUGGGCCAUGAAGACAGGCCAUUUCCUCUGGGCUUUACUGUUCAUGCACUCCUUGUGGCUUCUGCCAACUGAUGGAGCCAUUCGAAACUACUACCUGGGCAUCCAGGAUGUGCAGUGGAACUAUGCUCCAAAAGGAAGAAAUGUCAUCACAAACCAGUCUCUGAACAAUGACAUAGUGGCUUCCAGCUUCCUAAAGUCUGGCAAAAACAGGAUAGGGAGUAGUUACAAGAAGACUGUGUAUAAGGAAUACAGUGAUGGAACAUACACUGACGAAGUAGCCAAGCCUGCCUGGCUGGGGUUCCUAGGACCACUGGUCCAGGCUGAGGUGGGGGAUGUCAUUCUUAUCCACCUGAAGAAUUUUGCAAGUCGGCCUUAUACUAUUCACCCUCAUGGAGUUUUCUAUGAGAAGGACUCAGAAGGCUCACUAUACCCAGAUGGUUCUUCUGGGUACCUGAAAGCUGAUGAUUCUGUUCCCCCUGGAGGCAGCCAUGUCUACAACUGGACUAUUCCAGAAGGCCAUGCACCCACUAGUGCAGACCCAGCAUGCCUCACCUGGAUUUACCAUUCUCAUGUAGAUGCUCCACGAGAUAUUGCAACUGGUCUCAUUGGACCCCUUAUCACCUGUAAAAGAGGGACCCUGGAUGAUAACUCCCCACCUCAGAGGAAGGAUGUGGACCAUAAUUUCUUCCUCCUCUUCAGUGUGAUAGAUGAGAACCUUAGCUGGCACCUGGAUGACAACAUUGCUACUUACUGCUCAGACCCCACCUCAGUGGACAAAGAAGAUGAAGAAUUUCAAGACAGCAACAGGAUGCAUGCAAUCAAUGGGUUUGUCUUUGGGAACUUACCUGAGCUGAGCAUGUGUGCACAGAAGCAUGUAGCCUGGCACUUGUUUGGGAUGGGCAAUGAAAUAGACGUCCACACAGUUUUCUUCCAUGGACAGAUGUUGACGACCCGUGGACACCGCACUGAUGUUGCUCACAUUUUUCCAGCCACCUUUGUUACUGCUGAGAUGGUGCCUCAGAAAUCUGGAACCUGGUUAAUUAGCUGUGAAGUGAACAGCCACUUGAAAAGUGGCAUGCAGGCCCUCUACAAGGUCGACUCUUGCUCCAUGGACGCACCUGUGGACCAACUCACAGGCAAAGUUCGUCAAUACUUCAUUGAGGCCCAUGAGAUUCAGUGGGACUAUGGCCCAUUAGGGCACGAUGGGAGAACCGGGAAGAGUUUGAGAGAGCCAGGAAGUGGCCCAGAUAAGUACUUCCAGAAGAGCUCUACCCGAAUUGGAGGUACUUACUGGAAAGUUCGAUAUGAAGCCUUCCAAGAUGAGACCUUCCAGGAAAGGGUACAUCAAGAGGAAGAAACACAUCUUGGAAUACUGGGACCAGUGAUAAGAGCUGAAGUGGGUGACACCAUCCAGGUGGUCUUCUACAACCGUGCCUCCAAGCCAUUCAGCAUGCAGCCCCAUGGUGUCUUUUAUGAGAAAGACUACGAGGGCACUGUGUACAAUGAUGGUACAUCUCACCCUGGCUUGGUAGCCAAGCCCUUUGAGAAAGUAACAUACAACUGGAUGGUUCCACCUCAUGCUGGGCCCACUGCUCAGGAUCCUGCCUGUCUAACCUGGAUGUACUUCUCUGCUGCAGAUCCCAUAAGAGAUACAAAUUCUGGCCUGGUGGGCCCUCUGCUGGUUUGCAAGGCUGGUGCCUUGGGUGCAGAUGGCAAGCAGAAAGGAAUGGAUAAAGAAUUUUUUCUCCUCUUCACUGUGUUUGAUGAGAACAAGAGCUGGUACAGCAGUGCCAAUCAAGCAGCUGGUAUGUUGGAUAUCCGACUGCUCUCAGAGGAUGUUGAGGCCUUCCAGGACUCCAAUCAAAUGCAUGCUAUUAAUGGGUUUCUGUUCUCUAACCUGCCCAGGCUGGACAUGUGCAAGGGUGAUAUGGUGGCCUGGCACCUGCUUGGCCUGGGCACAGAGACUGACGUACAUGGGGUCACGUUCGAGGGCAACACUGUACAGCUUCAGGGCAUGAGGAAAGGCUCAGCCAUGCUCUUUCCUCACACCUUUGUGAUGGCUGUCAUGCAGCCUGACAAUCCUGGGACAUUCGAAAUCUAUUGCCAAGCAGGCAGCCACAGAGAAGCAGGGAUGAGGGCAAUUUACAAUGUCUCCCAGUGUUCUGGUCGUCAAGACAGCCCACGUCAACACUACCAAGCUUCUAGAGUCUAUUACAUCAUGGCAGAAGAGUUGGAAUGGGAUUAUUGCCCUGAUAGAAGCUGGGAACUGGAAUGGCAUAACACAUCUGAGAAGGACAGUUAUGGUCAUGUUUUCCUGAGCAACAAGGAUGGGCUCCUGGGUUCCAAAUAUAAGAAAGCUGUAUUCAGGGAAUACACUGAUGGUACUUUCACGACUCCUCAGCCAAGGUCUGGACCAGAGGAGCACUUGGGAAUCCUGGGUCCACUUAUCAGAGGAGAGGUUGGUGAUAUCUUAACUGUGGUGUUCAAGAACAAUGCCAGUCGACCAUAUUCUGUACAUGCCCAUGGAGUUCUAGAAUCUAGUACUGGCUGGCCACAGGCUGCUGAGCCUGGUGAAGUACUUACUUACCAGUGGAAUAUCCCAGAAAGAUCUGGUCCUGGGCCCAGUGACUCUGCUUGUGUUUCCUGGAUUUAUUAUUCUGCAGUGGAUCCCAUCAAGGACAUGUAUAGUGGCCUGGUGGGACCCUUAGUCGUCUGUCGAAAGGGCAUCUUGGGACCCCAUGGAGGUCGGAAUGAUAUGGACCGGGAAUUUGCCUUGCUGUUUUUGAUCUUUGAUGAGAACCAAUCUUGGUAUCUGGAGGAGAAUAUCGCAAUUUAUGGGCCCAGAGAGACACACAAUGUUAACCCACAGGAUGCGACUUUCUUGGAGAGCAAUAAAAUGCAUGCCAUCAACGGGAAACUCUAUGCUAAUCUCAGGGGUCUUACUGUAUACCAAGGAGAAAGAAUAGCCUGGUACAUGCUAGCCAUGGGCCAAGAUACUGACAUUCACACUGUACACUUCCAUGCAGAGAGUUUCCUCUACCAGAAUGGGCACAGUUACCGGGCAGAUGUUGUGGAUCUUUUCCCAGGGACAUUUGAGGUUGUAGAGAUGGUAGCCAGCAACCCCGGGACAUGGCUAAUGCACUGCCAUGUGACUGACCAUGUUCAUGCUGGCAUGGAGACCAUCUUUACUGUCUUGUCUCACAAAGAACAUUUAAGUACUAUGACUACCAUUACCAAAGAAAUUGGAAAAGCAGUGAUCCUAAGAGACAUCGGAGGGGGCAAUGUGAAGAUGCUGGGCAUGAAGAUAGCCAUAAAGGAUGCUGAGAUUCUGUCUUCUGUUUUGAUUGCCAUGUGUGUAAUUCUGCUUCUUGUUGCUCUGGCUCUUGGUGGUGUAGUCUGGCACCAGCAUCGACAAAGAAAGCUUCGGCGCAACAGGAGGUCCAUUCUUGAUGAUAGCUUCAAGCUUCUGUCUCUCAAGCAGUAAUAGAAAAUACAUCUGGAAUGUAGCCCAUGCUCCCAGGAAGCCGUGUGCUAGCAGCAAACUCUUGUCAAGGGGUAGGGGUAGUGGAGAGGCAGAGAAUGGAAUCAAAAUUAUCUUGCUAUUUCUUUAUUUAUUUACAUGGAAAUCAUAUGCUCUCACUUUUUCUUUAUUUUCCUUGCAACCUGAGGCAGUUAGGAUUAGGUAAGUUCCUUUGUAUACAAACUUCAGAAGCUAGGGUGUGUCACCCUUCAGUACUGGAAGGUACAGAAAUUCCUAGAACAUAAUUGUUCUCACUGAAUUGAUACCAAGAAAAAGGUACCUAAUUAGGUUUCUAUUUCCGGGACCUAACAAGACAAGUACACUUUUAAUUGUGGCCAAAUGAUCAGCCACAAAGUUAACCCACAACUAAAUAAAGGACCAAGAACAUAGGCAUGCUGGAAAAUGAAAGGUAGGGUAGGGAGUGGGGAUCCAAAUUACACUUUAAUUAUCUUUAGCAAUGGACUAUUUAGGAGAAGCAAAUGAAAGGGUUGUGGUUGUCAUGAGUACUACAACCUCUUGAACCAGAAACACCUGUAAAACAGUCCUUCAAGUUUCUACACAGUGGUACUGUAGGGAAUUUUGAAUGUUUGCUCAAUGUUUGAGGUAGCAAAUCUUGUCCACUGAAGUACUUUUUAAAAGACUGGAACACUGAAUUUGAUGAUUUUGGUGAUUCCCAUGGCAACUGGGAGGUGGAAUUACAUUUUAAACAAAAGAAUUUCAGUGAUCUGGGGAGGCACAUUAUAGAUAUAUACACUUUGUCAAAGUAAUCCUCCAUGUCAGGCAGAGCGGUAACAUCCUAGAGGAGAAGUUUUAUGGGUGCUAAACAUUUUUGGAAUGUCAAGAAAAAUGGCCAGAGAAGGUACAGAGACAAGACUGAUACCUGUCCGCUGGAAAAAGGUAGGUGCAUGCAUGGUGAUUUGGUAGGUGGGGGUGGGUAUGGGGCUAUGAGAGGCAUGUUUGCAAUUUAUGAACCUCUUUAUAGAACAGAAUCAUUCCUUCCUUACCUUCAAUCCUCUCUGAAACUUUGAUCAGAAAACACAAACAAGAAAAUAGGAAUGGGGUAAGACAGUCCAUUCCCACUCUAGUUUCCACAUGGCAAAUGGAGAACAGAAGGGCAUCAUGGAGAGUCAUGAUAAUAGCAAUCGUAUGGGAAUAUAGCUUAGUGGUAAAGUGAUUGCCUAAUAAAAGAGUCCCUGGGUUGAAAAAAGAGCACAAAGGAAACAGAACAGAAAACAAGGUAAUAACAAAGGUGCACUGUGAUCUUCUUAUACAUAGCAAAUAAUUCGAAUUCCUGAUUGGAUUGGACUUGCCUUGGUUCAUUAAAGUGGGGAUUAAAUGAUUUUACUUAGGGUGACUCAGCUGCAAAUUGAGUGGAGACUCAAAUUUUCAUCUCUUUGAUUCCAAAAAGAUUCUAUUCACCCUUUGUCAUGCAAACUUCUACUGUUCUUUGUCUUUCUUACCCACUUGAUUUCAAAUUGUGAGGUUGCCUAGCAACUUGUUUAUUUAGUUAGCAACCCACAGAGUUGGUUUCCAGUUGCCAUAGGAUGUUGCAGGUUGGAGGCCAGAGAUGAAAAUAAAGACCAGAAUAAGGCAUUUUAUUCGUCCAUGAUCAGUGGCUUUCUGGAAAAUUUCUGGAAAUCUGGGUAAAAUAGAUGUGGAGGAACAUAUUAAUUACCCAUUAUCCUGUUAUAGAAAUAAUAUGCCUUCUCAGUGAGAAAUCACUCUACACACUUAGAGAUAGAGUGAAGGCUCUUAACGAAAGUGCACAUGGCUGACUGUGGCUAAUGCCCAAAUAAGAGUCAGAAAUGAAUGGAAGAUUUUACUGACUUAUAUACACCUUAGGCUUAUGCAUCCCACAAACACUGUCAUCCUAAAAUCUUUUUCUCUACUGGCCCAAGGUUACACUUUGAACAAUUUAAACAGUCAGGAGACUUCAAGUCUGGCCACUUAGGCAGAUAGGAGAUUUAUAUAGCACAGAUAUCACCAUAAUUAUUUUUAGGUAUACCAGUGUUAUUCCUUUUUGAGUAGUUGUUACCUGGGGUCUUCCUUUCUACAUGGCAGACGUGUGACAGAGCAAGAUGGUACAGAGGUUCCUCCAUCUUAUAUUCUUGUGGAAGCUGUUUUAGGUUUGACUAGAAUUUCAUCUCCUUGAUGGAAAGCUCUGUGGAAAAUUACCGAACUCUAGCAACCUGAAUUCAAGACGCUCCAGCUAAUUUAUCUUGGCUUCUGUUAAACUGCCUGCUUGUGCAAACCUCCCCCUCCAUCUAAUUGCUUAUCUUAGCUUCUGUUAAACUGCUUGCUUGUGUAAACCUCCCUCUGCAGCUGCUAAGCGAGAUAGCAGGGUAUAGUUUUGCCUUAAAAAACCCCUUACUCUAAAUUUUCAGUGCUAUUCUUGGGUCCUGAAUACCUGAGUUUAGUCCCAGCUGGCUGGAAUAAAGACUUUCAACUGGACAUAAACUGUGUCUGAGUAGUCUUCUCUGGUAGGCUCCCUAUAACAGAAUUUGUUUUUCCUGAUAGGAACAUAGGAGACUUAAUGGCAGACCAGAAAUUAAUGAUGGCUAUGAUUCUAUUCUGCUCCAACUCUAGCUAUCCCUUAGAGGUAUAUCUUUGGUACAGGAAUCAGGGCCAGUCCUGGUGAAUAAACAUUCACAUUCUAGCAUCAUAAAUUUUACUUAUCUGUAAUAGGCCUGGUGAGCAUGCUGCUUAUCUUUGAGGUGUUUUGUAGCUAGUGAUACUUAGGCAAAGUUUCACUUGUGUGACUUAAUCUCUCCCAAGCAAAUCUAUUAGUAAGUUCUUUAUAAUAACAAUUUUUAUCACUUUGAAUUUCUUUUACAACAAUUUACCACAAUUCAAGUGUUAGUAUUUAAGCCUUUGCAAAUUGAUAGAUUAAGCAAUAAAAGACAACCCCCAUUUGGGCUGUUGUUUAUGUGGAGAUUAAUGAAAACUGACUCUAUUUCAGGGAACCCAGUCAAUUAAUAUUGAUAACUUACAUAUAACUGGGAGGUCCUUAGUUUGUAGAUGUGAGACUGAAAGAUAUAGGUAUGGCAUGGUGAAUUUUAAAAGACUUUAAAAUUAUUUUUUAAUUAUGUGUAUGUGGGGGGGGGAUAGAGCAAGACCAGAGGCAUCAGAUGCCCUGGAGCUGGAAUUACAGAUGGUUGCAAGACACUGAAUGUAGGUUUGAAAACCAAACUGAGGUCCUCUGCAUGAGCAGUAUUUGCUCUUAACCAAUGAGCCAUCCCUGUAGCCAAACUUAAUGCAUUUUUUUCUUUGAGUAAUUCUCCCUCCAAUCAAAAAAUGGAAUCUUAGAGCCUUUGUAUUUAGAAAAGAAUGUAUUUUUACUGAAGUUGUUCUAAAUAUGGAUAUAAGGAGGUACUCUGCAAAAAAUAGUUAAAUAGUGCUCUUUUCCUGUUCAUUGCUCAAGACCGAAGUUCCCAACAUCAGCACAAUAGUGUGUCUUGUUUGCUUUCUCUUGUUUUUAAAUAUUUUGUUUUAUUUAUUACUGUUGUGGAGUGCAUGCCAGAUAAACAUGUGGAGGUCAGAAAGCAACUUUCAGAAGUGGAUUUUCUUCCCUGACCGUGGGGUCUGGAGAUUGAACUCACAUUAUCAGGCUUGUAUGACAAGCAUCUUUACCCAGGGAGUCACUUACUGAACCCCAAAUAUCUUUAUUUGUUUAUAUAUUUUUUGGUUUUCAUUUCAGUUAAAAGUUUAACCAUUUGUUAGCUUAGCAUGGUGGCUUAUGCAUAUAAUCCCAGCACUGAGACAUAAAGGCCACAAGUUCAAGGUCAACCUAGAGUGCAUAGUGAGUUCCAGACCAUCCUGUGUUACUGAAUGAAACUGUUUCUCAGUUUCUCAAAACAAAGAGGGCGAAAACUCACAACCAUUUGUUUGCUGGACUAUUGUAUUCUUUUCAUGCUGUUUUUCUCAGAUUCUCUCUAGACUUACAAUUGAUUUUCCAGACAGAAAAGUGAGGUUUCAAAAAUAUAAUUAAGCCUCUAGUUUGAACAACAUAUUGUACAUUUAGAUCUCCCUGGAGAUAAUUAAAGCAGCAACAACAGAAGAAGAAAGAGAAAAUCAGUAAAUAGGGACAGCAGGGCUGAAAACGUGUUAGCUUUGCAUCAUAUGACUCUCUACCCAGAACAGCCAAGUCACAGCAUACUUACACUCAAAUAAACAAGGUAGAACAUUGUGAUGGUUUGAAUGAAUAUGGCCCCCAUAGACUUAUGUUUUUGAAUGCCCAAAGGGAAUGACAAUAUUAGGAGUUGUGGCUUUGUUGGAAUAGGUAUGGCCUUGGUAGAGGAAAUGUGUCAGUAUAGAUGUGUGCUUUAAGGUCUUAUAUGCUCAAACUAUAUCUAGUGUGACACUCAGUUGCUUUUGCUGCCUGCAAAUCAAGAUGUAGAACUCUAAGCUCUUUUUCUAGUACCACCUAUACCUGCACACUGCCAUAUGAUACUGCCAUGAUGAUACUGGACUAAACCUCCGAAACUGUAAGCCAGCCUAAUUAAAUGUUUUUCUUUAUAAGAGUUAGCAUGGUCAUGGUGUCUCUUCAUAGCAAUAGAAACCCUAACUGAGACAAUCAUAUGUAUAGAAAUAGCCAAAGAGUUACAGCAAAUUAAGUGACAGUAGGUACCUUUUAGAAACCCUGGAAGCUGGAAGGAAGUAGCAUAGUAUUUUUCUAAUGAAGAAAGAGAAAGAUUACCAAAGCCAAGAAUAGUGGUACACACACCCAUAAUUUUAAUGCUUGGAAUGCAGAGUAGGGAAGACUGAAGUCCAUGGUCAGCUUAGAUUUCAUUGAAAGUUUGAAGCUAGCCUGAGCUACAUACUGAGAAGCUGACUCACCACAUCAUUCAAAAUUCUGUAUCUAGUGAAGAGUCUGCAUUUUCUAGAAUUGUGUAUAAAUACAGUUCAUGUAGUAUGUACUAUGUGGUCUAAUUUCUUUGCUGUAUGUAUUAACAUCUUUUAAAAUAAUUUCUGAGUUGUAUUCUAUUGUAUGGAAAUAAUGUGAUUUUUUUUCAGUUUACUUAUUGUGGGCAUUUGAGUUGUACUUAUCACAAAAAGUUGGAUUGAACAUUCAUGUACAAAAAAUUAGAUGAUAUUCUGGAGCAUAC